UCCCAGAAUAGUUUCAGGAUGAGAAAAUUCUAAUCGAUGCCUAGGCAACAGAAACCCAAUGCUUCCUCGUUGUUAGUGCCACUAGAUCUCUUGCCUGGUUUUUCCAAAAUCCCAUUUCCAAGCCCAGGGGACGGGCUCGGCUUUGUUGCGCGUUCGCUCCUCGGGAGCCUCUCCGCCGGCGGCCGUCACAUGCUCAGCCCUCGUGUUCAACUAAUCCCACCCUGGCCGCCUGCGAGAGAUAUAAGGGAGGGGGGGGAGCAACAAGCGGAAAAGGCCGCGAUAGAGACGGAGCCCGCGCCCGGAGCGCUUGCGAGUCGCCACCGCGCAUUCGAAGGGGGCCGGCUGGCCUUUGGCACGCCGACGGGUUCCGAUUCGGGUUGCCAAGCCUGGUUUGGAAGGGCCGCGGAGGGGCGCCGCUCUUCCAGCGGAGGAAUUGCUCCCCCGCUCUUGGAGCCCGGCUCUUGCAGGGCUGAAUCUUGAAAAUAGCUCAGUUAAAUACAAGACCAUUCAUAUCCUCCUCCACUUGUCCAGAAGAAAAAAUGGGCUAAGUGAAUGACCCAUCAUGGCAUGAGCCCAGAACUGCCAACCAUGCUCCCACGAGGACUUCUGCAACCAUGGGGUAGACUGUUCCGUUGGUCCAACCCAUUUGUGCAGUUGUUUGCCUUGACAGUUGUGACCUUUGGUGUGCUCGCACCCUUGACUUGCCAGCAGUUUCUCUACUCCUAUUUCUAUGUGCGACGCUGGUAUCUGAGUCCGAUGAGCCAAGAAUUCCUCAAGCGGAAUCAAGAGGAUGGGCUGAGUGCCCUCCGUUACUUUGAGAGACUACAGGCCCCAAAUUCAUCAGAAAAGUUGGGCAGUGAUGACUUCCAUCCAUGGUUACUGAUUACCAUCAUAACAGUACAAAGGCACCCCGAAUUCCACUAUGUCCUUCAGGUGGCAUCUCGCUUCCACCGUCUCCUCCGGGAAUGCGGCCCUUCUUGCCGUCGCCACCGAAUCUUGCUCUGUAAUGUGGAAACGGAUCCCAGCAGCCAUGGGGAUGCCAAGCUGCUAACCAAUUUCAUGGCUGUGGUAAACCGCUAUGGAGGCCGUGAGAAGGUAGAGCUCUCGCUGAACCAGUUCGAAAAGGAAAAACAGGAUUAUACCUAUUGUCUUGAGAAGUCACUUCAGGCCUACAACCCAGAAUAUCUACUCCUGGUGGAGGACGAUGCAGUUCCCGAGGAGGAGAUCUUUCCAGUCCUGCAUCACCUGUUGCAGAUGCGGUUCUCAAAGACACACCUGCAGGGUGCCCUUUAUGUGAAGCUCUACCAUCCAGAGAGACUACAACAUUAUAUCAACCCAGAGCCAAUGAGGAUCCUAGAGUGGCUCGGAAUUGGCAUGUUUUGGGGGCCCCUGCUGGCCUUUGGCUAUGCCUGGGCCUCCAGCCGCUCCAACCUCAGUUGGCCUAUCGUGGGGUUUUUUGCCCUCUAUAGCAUGCUGCUGGUUGAGCUGGUGGGGCGCCACUACUUUUUGGAACUUCGCCGCUUGGUCCCUUCACUCUACAACAUAGUGCCCGUCACGGAAUGCUGCACGCCCGCUACACUGUUCUCAGCCCCUUCUGCCCACCGUGCCUUGGGUUACCUGAAAGAACUGCACUGCCGCCCAGGCUUUGCCAAAGAUACUGCCCUUUACUCGCUCUUACGCAUUAAGGGAGAACAGGCGUUUGUGGUGGAGCCCAAUCUGGUCAGGCAUGUGGGGAUGUUUUCUAGCCUCAGGAUGAAUGCCAACCCCAAACUGCUUUGAGCAGGGGCACGGAUGGGGCAAGCUGAGUUGCUUUGCAGGCCUGAGAAGCCAGACAGUCAACUCACCUUUCUUUGCUCAUAUGCAAGCACAAGGGUUAUAAUUUCAGGGCUUCCCCAACAGCAAGAAGCCUCUUUAGAAAUCCAUAAUUGCUCAUUUUUUCUUUGUUUGACUUGAAAUCCUAGCACAUGCUCUUUUGCUGCAAGAGAACUCUUUCUGUUUUCCAGUAACUCAUGGGUUAAUUAUGGAUUCUUAGAGAGGAAUUUUCUUCUUCUCUUCCAUUAAAGAUUGGCAAAUUCCUCCUUUCUCUCUGUGUCACCUAAAAGGUGCGUGGAGAGGCAGAUCUUUUCUGUGUUCUGUGGAGGUUUCCAUCAGCCCUGACUAAGAGCCGAAACACAAAAAUGUUCUGUGAUACAUUGGCUGAAUCCACACACCCGCGGAGCGUCCUGGCGUUGCGCUAAAUGUUCGCUAAACACCUGGAAGUGUAGCGUCUUUCUAGCGCAGCGUUUAGCGAACAUUUAGCGCAACACCGGGACGCUCUGCGGGUAUGUGGAUUCAGCCAUUGUUGUGCUGGACUGUAUUCUUUCAGAUUUCUUGGGAUGAAGGCGGAAUUUCUGAGUGUUUGAAUUUCCCCCCAACAUAUUAAAUAAAUUCUACACAUACAAAAUCA